CAUUUCGGUGGAUUUGCAGGCGUUUGUCCUGCUUAGUUGGCAGCUGAUUCUUGAAAGAUGAAGAUGUGCGCUGCAUCGUUGGCGCUAUUCCUACUUUUACUCGCUGCGGUCGUCAAUGCUGAAAAUCUUGGAAUAUCUGCGCCAGUAAUGGCAUGGAGCAAUCGCGCCGUAUUCGCCAAGGGAAAGCACGUCUCCUACGAGGUCUUCCCAGAUGUGGAACAGGUCGCGACAGACCUGGUCCUAGGCGUGCUCGGGAAGGCUGAGGCCAGCGAUUUCGGCGUGCAUGGGCUUUCUGGGGAGGCUUUGAGCUCAGAGGAACCUCGCACAGUGGUUGCUUUCAUUGGGAGUCAGUUGGAUGCUGCAGACAUGCGCAGCCGGAGCGAUGCCGUGCGCAGUCUGGAUGAUGUGCUGAGCGGGGCUGUGUCAUCGCUGGCUCUGCCGUACAGUAUCAGCAAGGGUGAUUCCAUCCAUGAGACUUUAUGCACGAAGCUUGACAGCGCGGGCAUCCAGCAUGAGGUCGUGGGAUGCUCGGGACCAUCUACAGACAUUAAGCUGGAUGUCGCUGCUGCACUUGCGAAGGGCAGCAACGCAAAGCUGCAUGUUGUCCUUGUGUGCUCCCAAAUUGAGGAUGCUCAGAAAGGCACGAAUGCCGGCUUGUCGUCAGAGGUGGAGCAGCUUAUGGCUGUGCAGGCUGCUGUCAAGGAGGCGAAUGUUAAUCACGUGCUUGUCUAUGCCACCGAAACCAUGCCGACGACCGACCUGCUGGCUAACGGAAGCAAGCGCCGCUCCCUUCUGGCGCCGCUCACAGGUUUCGGCCCCUACACCACGUGCGGCCCACUCUGCCAGACCCAGGUCCGCUGGCUGGAGGGUAUGCUGGCCGUCCUCUUCUUGGCGCUUGCCUCUUGCGCGGGUCUUGUUUGCCUGUACGUACUGGACACACCAACGCGGUUUGAAGCGCCUAACAAAGAUGCAGCUCCACAACAAUAAUGUUGAUACGUCGCCAAUAGCAAUUUUGCUCAUCAUCUGUCUUGGUGAGGGUGCAUUGUACAUUUGGUCGGGUCAUAUGUAAAAUGUAACAGCAACGUCC